GUGUUGAAGCAAGUGCAUCCUAAGACUGGUAUAUCCAAGAAGAGCAUGAUGAUCAUGAACUCCUUGGUGAGCGACACCUUCGACCGAAUAGUCUCCGAGGCUGGGCGACUUUGCAAGUAUAGCAAUAAAGGAACUCUGUCUAGCCGCGAGAUUCAGACUGCGAUCCGCCUGGUUCUUCCAGGUGAACUCGCUAAGCACGCCGUUAGCGAGGGAACCAAAGCAGUGACCAAGUUCACUUCCGCCUAA